AGACCCCAAUUUAAUGCCAACCCAAUACUCAACUUUCCUCCUUCACGGGCAGCUAUAAAACAAACCCCAUUCUCUCAUUAACAAUAACCAUUUUUUUAAGCAACAUGGCUUCUGUUUCAAUGAGAGAAAACAGAGUAGGCUGUAGUAGUACUAAUGGUAGUAGGUACUCUGUUUUGCUCUUAGUCACUCUGGUCUGUCUCGUUCUGGGCCGAGUUUCGGGACAGAACCCGGUCUUCGCCUGCGAUGCCGGGUCGAACGGGUUCGGGUUCUGUGACAAGUCGUUGGGGGUUGAUGCGAGAGUGGCGGACCUGGUGAAGAGGCUGUCGUUGCAGGAGAAAAUAGGGUUUUUGGUGAACAGUGCUGGGAAUGUGAGUAGGCUUGGGAUUCCCAAGUACGAAUGGUGGUCGGAGGCUCUCCAUGGAGUUUCGUAUGUUGGUCCUGGAACUAAGUUUUCCAGUGUCGUUCCUGGGGCCACUAGCUUCCCUCAGGUCAUUUUGACCGCUGCCUCUUUCAAUGCUUCUCUCUUUGAAGCCAUUGGAAAGGUAGUUUCAACUGAGGCAAGGGCAAUGCACAACGUAGGAUUGGCAGGGUUAACAUUUUGGUCACCAAAUAUCAACAUUUUUAGGGAUCCUAGAUGGGGAAGAGGCCAAGAGACACCCGGAGAAGACCCUCUCCUCUCCAGCAAAUACGCUGCGGGUUAUGUCCGAGGCCUACAACAAACCGACGACCCUAACCGGCUCAAGGUCGCCGCUUGUUGCAAGCAUUACACGGCCUAUGAUUUGGACAAUUGGAAAGGCAUUGAUCGUUACCACUUCAAUGCAAAGGUGUCAAGGCAAGAUUUGGAUGACACUUUCCAACCCCCAUUCAAGAGUUGUGUUAUAGAUGGGAAUGUUGCUAGUGUCAUGUGCUCUUACAACCAGGUUAAUGGGAAGCCAACUUGUGCUGACCCCGACCUUCUCUCUGGUGUCAUCAGAGGAGAAUGGAAAUUGAAUGGGUACAUUGUUUCUGAUUGUGACUCAGUGGAUGUGUUGUUCAACUCCCAACACUACACUAAGACACCCGAAGAAGCUGCCGCCAAGUCUAUAUUAGCUGGUUUGGAUUUAGACUGUGGAUCUUUCUUAGGAAAACAUACAGAAGCAGCUGUGAAUGGAGGACUAGUGAAUGAGGCCGCCGUGGACAAGGCCAUUUCGAACAAUUUCGCCACAUUGAUGCGAUUGGGCUUCUUCGACGGAGACCCAAGAGAGCAACAAUACGGAAAAUUGGGCCCAAAAGAUGUGUGCACUGAGGCCAACCAAGAGCUGGCCCGUGAGGCUGCAAGGCAAGGCAUUGUGUUGCUCAAGAACAGUGCUGGCUCACUUCCUCUUUCACACACUGCUAUCAAAACUUUGGCCGUUAUUGGGCCUAAUGCCAAUGUCACCAAGACCAUGAUUGGAAAUUACGAAGGCGCACCAUGCAAAUAUACCACUCCUUUACAAGGUUUGGCGGCCAUGGUAACUACUAGUUACCACCAAGGUUGCGCCAAUGUGGGAUGUGGCACCGCCCAGGCGGACGACGCUGCGAAGAUAGCGGCAGCAGCCGACGCAACCGUGCUGGUGGUGGGCGCUGAUCAGUCCAUAGAAGCCGAGAGUCGGGACCGAGUGGACCUACAUCUUCCGGGACAGCAGCAACUCCUAAUAACAACAGUAGCAAAGGCCUCUAAAGGGCCAGUUAUUCUUGUUAUAAUGUCAGGAGGAGGUUUUGACAUUUCUUUUGCCAAAAAUGAUGAUAAGAUUACUAGCAUUCUUUGGGUUGGUUAUCCUGGUGAGGCCGGUGGUGCUGCCAUUGCUGAUAUCAUUUUUGGUCAUUACAAUCCAAGUGGAAGGCUGCCCAUGACAUGGUAUCCCCAGUCAUAUGUCGAUAAAGUCCCAAUGGACAACAUGAACAUGCGACCCGACCCGUCCACAGGCUAUCCGGGUCGGACUUAUCGAUUCUACACGGGCGAAACCAUCUAUGCAUUCGGAGAUGGGUUAAGCUACACCCAAUUCCACCACCAUCUAGUCAAAGCACCAAAGAUGGUUAACAUUCCUUUAUCGGAGAGUCACACGUGUCGCUUAUCUAGGUGCACCUCAUUACAAGUCGAUGAUCCGUCCUACAGCUGCGAAAACCUCGCCUUCGACAUCCAUUUAAGGGUCCAAAACAUGGGAAAGCAUAGUGGGUUCCAGACAGUUUUCUUGUACUCAAGCCCACCUUCGAUCCAUAACUCACCCAAGAAGCACUUAUUGGGCUUUGAGAAGGUUUUCGUACAGGCCCAAUCAGAGUCACCAGUGAAGUUUAGGGUUAAUGUGUGCAAGGAUUUGAGCUUGGUGGAUGAGAUUGGGACUAGGAAAGUUGCUUUAGGGCAUCAUUUGCUUCAUAUUGGGGACUUGAAACACUCGUUGAGUUUGAGGGUUUGAAAAAAAAAAGGAAAUAGGGGUUUCAACUAGUUUGUUCCCUUGAUUUUUCUUUCUUUUAUUUGGGGAAAACUAUAAAUAUUUAUUAUUCCCCUUUGGUGUCAACAUUUUCUAGAGGAGAAAAAAUUGAAUGCAAAAUUGAGAGAGCUAUAAAUAAGUUGAGAGAAUUGUCAAGAUUAUCUCAAUGAUAUUUGGUGUAGCCAUCUGUAAUUGUUCAAAAUCAAAAGAUUUUGAAAUUUUAAUGAAGACUUGAUAAAUUUAUGCC